CGCAUUGACUGAUACACAUAUAUACAACAAGCAAGGCGGCUAGCUACAGCGGCUAGUGCGCGCGUGGUGCAGGCGCAUCUAGCUACUACCUGGUGCUUGUUGUGCAUACAAUGGCGACUUCGCUGGGACUGAACCCUGAAGAUCUCUUCACUUCGUACUCGUCUUCCUACUACUCCUCGCCGCCGUUCAUGUCCGACUACGCGGCGAGCUUCACGCCGGCGGCCGGGGACUCCACGGCCUUCUCCUCGGAGCUCGACGACCUUCACCACUUCGACUACUCACCGGCGCCGAUCGUCACUGCUGCCGGAGCCGGGGCUGGGGGCGGCGAUCGCAACGAGAAGAUGAUGUGGUGUGAGGGUGGUGGUGACGAGAGAAGACUCAGAAGCAACGGAAGGAUCGGGUUCAGAACGAGGUCAGAGGUGGAGAUCUUGGACGACGGAUUCAAGUGGAGGAAGUACGGGAAGAAGGCCGUCAAGAACAGCCCAAAUCCAAGGAACUACUACCGCUGCUCGUCGGAGGGCUGCGGCGUGAAGAAGCGGGUGGAGAGGGACCGCGACGACCCCCGCUACGUCAUCACCACCUACGACGGCGUCCACAACCACGCCAGCCCCGGAGCCGCUGCUAUCAUCGUCCCGUACGGCAGCGGCGGCGGCAAUAGCGGCUUCUACAGCCCGCCGCACAGCGGCUCCCCGUCGGCCACCUCCUACUCGGGCUCCCUAGCCUUCUGACUUUUCCGGGCCUUGACCCAUAGUUACCUUUACACUCCAGUCGUCGGAUAAGAAGAAUGUUCAGCGGCUGGCUAAACAGUCUCAACUGCUGCAGCUAUUCAAAUUAGUGUUGGAGAUGCAAUUUAUAGAGAUAAAAUACUCUAGAAGCUAUCGCUGUAGCCGGAUUAAAUUCUGACCUACUUGUAUAGUUUUACACUUACACAGUGCAAGUAAUAAUAUUUAAGG